UUAAAAAGAAUUUAGCUAUCUUAGAUUAUGAUGAAAAAGUUAUAAAAAUAGAAUCUAAAAGUAAUAAUGAAAACAUUAUAUUAGACUAUUUAACUUCUGAUAUUGAAAGUAGUAAAGAAGAAAUAUUUAAGAAUAUUAGAAUCUUGAUGAAAGAUUUA